GGCUGUUGCAGCACCUGGUUUGCUUGCUGCCGCACAAAUAGCCGUGGGGAAGUCUUACCUUCCAGCUCUUAACAUUUCCAGGAGUCACACAUAGCAAAAACGAUGCGUAGCGAAAAGGGGAGCAGUGCCACCGUUUGCUUGGCUGUAGCUGUUAUUCUGAUGUGUUAUUUAGUGCAAAUAGUAGACUGUUAUCGACUGAAGAAAACAGAGAGACGAGAAGGGCGGAAAGAGGUCGGUACAUUAGGUGCUCGAAAGGGGAAAAUCGUGUUCGGAGAAGUUCUCGGAAAAGGGUCGGGCCUUAAGCCAGAGGUCCAAGAUGGGAAAGCCUCUGCAAACUCUUCAGCAGAGGAUGAAACGGCGUAUCAAAUGGAUUUCGCAGGCUGGUCAAAAGGCCAAACCUAUGAUUCCAGUUACAGAGAAGCAGCAUGGAGGCGCAUGGCACCUUUGCUGCUGUGUGGUGGGGAUCGGAUGAAGUUCAGAGUAGUUGGAAGAGGAGUGUCACAGCUUGCCUUGGACCAAGCUAAUGCACCACCAGUAUCUCUGACCCAGGUCCCUUCCAGCUGUGGCUACAAUAUGCAGAGGAACUCCUUGUCACUUAUUAUGAUGGUUCCCUAUGAUGGUUGCAAUGUGGUUCAAGAGGGUGGCAGUUUUGUGCUUCCAAUGCGGUGGCAGGGCAUUCCCGUCUCCCUCUGGUGUUCCAAACCUGUAGCAUCUGCUCUUGUGACAGCUGCACCUCCAACCCAGGAUCCUGCAUCAAACCCCUAUGCUAGCAAGAAUCCAGACCAAUUAUAUGGCCAUGUUCCCCAGUCCUUUUUCUUUCCACACCAGAUGUACUAUCCAUAUCAUUCAGCUGCUGUACCAGAACCUGCAUCAUCCAUAAAGCAACCAGAAAUGCCACCAUUUCAGCAAUACCCCCAGUUCUAUUCUCCCCUUUAUCCUUACUCUUCUCUCCCAGUUCCAACCACAACGGCGCCACCGACCACUACAACCACCACUGCAAAGCCAGAAACCUUCAUUCCUCCUGAAUUUCUCUUACCUGGCUACACACCUGUUGUUCCACCUUUUCUUUGGCCCUUCCCAGUGCCUGUGCCAGCAGGUACUCAAACCACAACUAACGUUGAUGCUAACCCUCAGUUGCCGCAGCUUCCACCCUAUAUGCAUUUCUUGUCUCAUUAUCCUCUCUUCCCUCAGUUUGUCCCUCUUCCACAAUUUCCACGCAAUCCUAAUGCAGACAUGGUAGCUGGUACUGGAAGCACAGACACCAUGCUGCCUCAGAAUUUUGCCCCUUUCCCUCAAUUUGUCCCACAAUAUCCAAACAAUCUUAAUCCAGGAUCGGAAACUGGAAGUAUGGACACCAUACUGCCUCAAGUUCAGUCACACAAUUUUCCGUACUUUCAGCCACAAGGUCCGUUAAUGCCCAAUCCCUCUCUUUCUUCUUAAUU